AUGACAUUGGUAUGUGGAUAAAUAAUAAUAUGCACUUAAUAUCUAAGAAUUUUAUUUGUAAAAAUUUGUAACUAUACUUAAAACUUAACAUUUUAUAACAUUAAUAAAUCUCUAAGAAUUUUAUUUGUUAGUAACUAAUUACAAAUUUUACAUGCAAUUAUAAAUUUAUUUUAGUUUGCUUUUAUUAUUAAUAAAAUCAUUCUUUCAUAAUUAUUAUACAUCAUUAUUUUAUCUAUAAUAAUUUCAUUAGCUUUUACUAACAAUAAGAAGAAAUUGUAUCGUAAAGCAUGUGACGUUUAUUACGUGACAAUCAUGCAUGAAGAGAUCAUAGAAAUAAUGAAAGAAAUAAAAAUAUUAUAUCAGUAUGUAUCUAUUAACGUUAAUCAAAAAUAAUUGUAUAAUUCACUAAUCACUAGUUAUAAAAAAAGAAAUAAUUCUAUCAAAUUUGUUCUGUAUCUCAUUUGUGCUUUUAGUGGUACUAUUAAAAGGAUCAUCCUGCAUUGGCAAGUACAUACAUAACCUCAUAUUACAAAAUAAUGAAGACAUAAAAUUUAAUUUUUUACUGUACUAGAUUGUAACAAAUUCAUAGAUUGUAACAAUUCUUUAUGGAAUUAAGAAAUGCAAUAUGAAAAUAGAUAGAUUUGACUAUUAAACUUUCAUAUUUUAUUUUAUAUAUAUAUAUAUAUAUAUAUAUAUAUAUAUAUAUAUAUAUGUUACUUUUCACUGUCAUUAUGUUUACACUGUUUUCAAAUAUAAAUAAAAUGCUAAUUUUUAAAUUUCGUUGAAAAAUGAGAAAUUUUAAAAUUAAUUUGAAAACAUGGUUAUAUGAAUCUUUUAAUAUGCUAAAUUCAUUUUUGCUGCAUUUUUUACAUACAUUAAGACACCUUGUGUAGAAUUGUAUUAAAAAUAUUGAUAUAAAUUAAUUACAAUUUAUAGUUGUAAUUAUACUAUAACACAUUAUAAUUUAACAGUGUUAAUAUAUUAUAUAUAAUAAAUAAUUAUAUCAAUUCUAAUUAGGUUAUUAAAUUACAUUAUAGAGAUUUUAAUAAAUUAAUAAAUUCAAGAAAAUGAAACGAGCACGUAUAAAAGCUAUGGUUACUGUUCCAACCCGAAGAAAACUAACACAAGAUAUAUCCGUUACUGGAAUUAUUAAUUCAGUUGAGCACAAUGAAAAAAAUAAAGAUACGUCUGAUGGUACUUGUAUAAAGUCACAACAAACUUUAGAAAAUGUUUCUGAAUAUGUGAUACAAGAAAAUUUAAAUAAUACACAAAAAUUAAUAGAAGUCCAAGAAGUGGAAGAACAAAUACAAAAUGAAAAAUUACAUAUUGAUAAUCAAUGUAAUGAAAAUAAGGAUGACUCUACAAAAAAUUCUGAGAAAUCAACAAAAGAAAUUAUACAGUCACCAGAAAUUUUAAGUGCAACACAAAUUAAUUUUUCUAUAAAAUCACAAAAUCGAUCUGGUUUCAUGAAACCUAUAUCAAAACUAGACAAUAAUAAUAGAAUAAGGAAAAACAGUAUUCAAGGAAGUGGAGCAAGUACAAGUGAAUCUGAAGAUGAUAGUAGAAGACUGCCAUGCGCUAUCACCAACCAUAUAAAAAAUGAUCUAGUGCAAUCCACACACAAUACAAAAGAUGCUGUUACUAAUAACAUCAAGAAUAAUUUAACAACAUCCAAAAUAGGACAGAAAAGACGUAUUUUAGUUUCAGAAUCUGCAAGAAAAUUAGCAGAAGCUAGAAGAGAAUUUCAUUUAAAACAUGAAAAUAAAACUCCAGAUAGAAGCAAACUCACAAUGUAUGACUUAAUAUAUUAUAAUCCUAUUACUAAUCCUAUGAAAAAGUCUACAGUGCCAACAAGAAAAAUAAUAGAAUGCCAAUCUGAAGAAGUUCAGGAAGAAGAAGAAGAAGAGGAAGAUGAUCCAUCAUCUACAAUGCCUGUGCCUCAAGUAAAAGUUGGACCAAAUGGUCAAUUAAUAAUAGAUGAACAGAGUCUUGUUAUUGAACAAACUAAUGCGAAGAGAAAUAGAAAAGUAUUAGCAAAAGAAGCUAUUAUUGAUGAUGAUAAUAAUGGAAGUGGAUUUUAUAAAAAGCGUCAAAAAAGUAAAGAAUGGUCCUCGCGAGAAACUUUGAAUUUUUAUAAAGCACUAAAUACAAUUGGUACAGAUUUUUUGUUGAUGCAAAGUCUUUUUCCUAAUAGAACGAGACAAGAAAUGAAGUUAAAAUUUAAGAAAGAAGAAAAAGUAAACAGACAUUUGGUUGAAAAAGCUCUAGCAUAUCAUCAAGAAUUUGAUACUGAAAUGCUAGAAAAGUCAUUAGAACUAGCACGUAGUAUUGGAAUGGACAGUGAAACUGAUAGCGAAGAGGGAGAAAAAGAAGAAGAAGAUGAAGAAGAAGAAAAAGAAGAAAAAACAGAAGAAUGUUAUAUACCGAAUGACUUAGAUUCGACAGUAUACAAAGAAAAUGCAGAAUCAAACGACAAAUAUAGACAAACAUUAAAUAAAACAAAUAAAAGACUUUAUAAAAGACCAAAAAUUGAAAAAGAAUUACUGACAAAAACAGAUGAUGUAGAAUCAUAUAAUGAUGUUGACAGUGAUACAGAAGUUUAUCAUGUAAGACCGACAAGAUCAGGAAGAUUACCAAAAAUAAAAAAAUUGCAGGGACCUGAUAUAAAUACACUUGAUAAUGAAAGGUUAAAUUAUUGUCCUAAUGAUGAUGAACUUACAAUGUCAUCAGAAAAUAAUGUUACUGAAAAAGUUACUGAAGAUUUAAUUUUUGAUAGUAUUAAUUCAGAAAUUAAUCAUAUAGAUCCUAAAACAGUUAUAUCAAAUAUUAAUGACGUAGAACCAGGAUCAUUCGUUAUUUUAUCAAAAGAAUCUUUAGACGAACCUGGUAAAAGUGUUUUACAAGUUUAUAUGGUAAGUUCAGACGUUCACUCUUAAAAUUUCGACGAUAUAUCAGAACUCUUAGUAACUGUAAUUAUUAAAUUAUCACGUGUUUAAUUCAUAAAAAAAAAAAAAUUAUAUAAUUUACAUAAAUUUACAUUUAAAAAAAAUUAUAUAAUUUUUUAUUAACUAAUUUAAUUUAAUAUGCAAGUAUAUUACAUUAUUUAAGAUUAGUUAUACAAUAUGAGCCUCUUAAUUGACUAGUAAAUUAAAUCCCCUUUUUUUAACAUUGUGAGAAUUGGACUAUUUCAUGUAAUAAUAAAUUGAGAACAGAGACUUUAUUGUAAGGGAGUAAAAUGACUAAAUAACAAUUAUGGUAACAUAACUCAGAAGAAAAAUUAUAUUUUUUUCAAUAGUAACAGUAAUGUGAUGAAAAUGUCAUUUACUUACGAUGUAAAAAUUGAUUCUUAUUUUUUAUUAAUAUAAAAAAAUAUACGUAAAUUCAAUUAAUAAAUAAAGAAAAUAUUCUUAAUACUUACUACUAUUUCUACAAUAAACUGAUUUUUCUUAAAUUUGCAUUUACGCCAUUCGUCAAUUGAGAGAUUCAUAUCUUUACAUCUUUAUAUCAUUUAAAAUGUCGAUUAUUGAGAUAUUUUAUUUUUACAUAUUCUUGUAUAUAUUAUUUGUAUUUUUAGUAAAAAUAUGUACAUAUAUAAAACAUAUUGUUUAUUUAUAAAAAAAACACUUGAUAGUUUUAAUAAUUAUUAUUUAUUUUAUUAUACAUUAGACUAAAGAAAUUCUUUAUAAUGUAAUUUGUUUUAUAUAAAAUUGAUGCUAGUUAAAACUAGAGAAUUAAUGUAUGAAAACAAUAAAUUUGUAUUAGUCAAUUUGUAUUAGAAAAUAGUAUAUUUUCCUUAGAAAAUACCCUUAUGAUUAUUCCAUAAUUCUUAUCGGAAUUUUACCAAUGUAUAUUGAAUUUAAAUAUUUCAAGUUAUAUGAAUUUACUGGAUAAUUUUCUUUUUGAAUUUGACACUGAAUUUUAUGAUACAAGAUUUGCACGUUAGGUCAAUAAUAAUAACAAUAAACUGCAUAAAAUAGAAAUAAAUUUCGUUAUGCUGUUACAAUCUAUACAUUUAUUUAAAUCAUGAGUAAAAAUACACAAUUACACAGAUAUAGCAAUUAAAAGAAAUUAAUUUAGAUAAAUUUUAAUAACAUAAUUCUAAGGUGUCACAUGGUAUCCAUUUUGAACUUUCUAGUGCAUCCCAUAAGUUAUAAUCUUGUUCUAUUAUUUCUCUAUUAAGUUUAUCAAUGUCUAUAGGAACAGAAUGUUCUGUAAAUAAAAGAAAAAUUAUAAUUUAAAAAAUUUUGUUUAUAAUAUAAUAAUGUAUAUAUAUUAUAAUAAAAAUUUCCAAUAUAUUUAUAACAUACAUUACAAUAUAUUGCUUGAAAAUUAUCAAACUAAUUUUUUAAAAUUUAGAUUAGCUUCUUUAGAUUUCUUCAAACAUGAUAUAUUAAUAGAUUAUCAAUCAUUCUGA